GGACAUUCUAUACCUGCACCAAUGAAGAUGCUAUGCAAGACAGAUUCUGGUGUUCCACAACUGGGAACUAUGAUAAGGAUAAGCAAUAUAGUUACUGUGCUGACACAAGGCUAAGUUCAAGACCGACAGGGCCGUGCAUCUUCCCCUUCAUCUACAAGAACAAGUCCUACUCAUCUUGCACAACAGAUGGGUCAUCAAAUGGAAAGCUCUGGUGCUCUCUCACCAAGAACUAUGAUGUGGAUCCAAAAUGGACAUACUGCGACCCCUCAGAACCCCUCCCCUGCAUUUUCCCUUUCAUUUUCCAGGGGAAAUCCUACUCUGCAUGCACCAAAGAAGGCUCUGCUGAUAACCAACUGUGGUGUGCCGUAACUGCUGAUUAUGACAAGGAUAGUAAAUGGAAGGCAUGUGCAAGCCAAGAGUAUGAGGGGAACUCCAAAGGCCGUCCAUGUGUCUUUCCCUUCAUCUACAAGUGCCGGACAUUCUACACCUGCACCAAUGAGAAUAGUGACGGUGGGAGAUUCUGGUGUGCUACAACUGGGAACUAUGAUAAGGAUGAGCAGUGGAGCUACUGUGCUGACACAAGGCUAAGUUCAAGACCGACAGGGCCAUGCAUCUUCCCCUUCAUCUUCAAGGGCAAGUCCUACUCAUCUUGCACAACAGAUGGGUCAUCAGAUGAAAAACCCUGGUGCUCUCUCACCAAGAACUAUGAUGUGGAUCCAAAAUGUUCAUACUGCAACCCCUCAGUCUUCCUUCCAUGUGUCUUCCCAUUUAUUUUCAAUAAGAAAUCCUACUCCUCAUGCACCACGGAUGGAAAAAGUGAUAAUAAGCUGUGGUGUGCAACAACUGCUAAUUAUGACAAGGAUGGCCAAUGGAAUUUGUGUUCCCCACAGGUCUGGCCACCAUGUGUCUUCCCAUUUAUUUACAAGCAGAAAUCCUACUCCUCUUGCACUACAGAUGGAAGAGCUGAUAAAAAGCUGUGGUGUGCAACAACUGCUAACUAUGACAAGGAUGGCAAAGCAAAACUCUGUUCUAACCAGGUCUCCCUUCCAUGUGUCUUCCCAUUUAUUUACAAUCAGAAAUCCUACUCCUCUUGCACCACGGAUGGAAGAAGUGAUAAAAAGCUGUGGUGUGCAACAACUGCUAAUUAUGACAAGGAUCGCCAAUGGAGGCUCUGUUCCCCACAGGUCUCCCUUCCAUGUGUCUUCCCAUUUAUUUACAAUCAGAAAUCCUACUCCUCUUGCACCACGGAUGGAAAAAGUGAUAAAAAGCUGUGGUGUGCAACAACUGCUAAUUAUGACAAGGAUCGCCAAUGGAGGGAAUGUUCCCAACAGGUCUCCCUUCCAUGUGUCUUCCCAUUUAUUUACAAUCAGGACUCCUACUACGCUUGCACCAAUAAUGGAAUAAGUGAUGAAAAGAAGUGGUGUGCAACAACUGCCAACUAUGACAAGGAUCACCAAUGGAAGUUCUGUUAGAAACACCCCCUUGUGCUUUGAAUUGCUUCAUAGUGCCCCACAAAGCAAUAACCCCAGAUGCCCCAUUCCAGCGUCAGUAAUUGUCCACUAGGAGGUGACUCAUGUUUGUCUGGCUCUCCCUGGCUUCCCUGCGAGCUAUUAAAAAUAAAGCAUUUCU